GGUCUCUGCAUGCUUUUCAACGAUGAAUGUUCUGCGCACAAUGUAUCGAGAAGAAUAUCGCUAGUUUAAAUUCAGGCUAUAACACGUGUUCGUAAUUAAUUUCGUAUCGAGUGUUUUUUUGAUAUAAUUUGUUUUGUGAUACAUGAUUUAGUACAUAAAGAAAAUGCCGCGUUCUGUCAAAGAUUCAGAAGAAGAGGUAGAUGUAAAAACUGCCGGUCGCAAGACUCGUCUUACUGAUGUUGGGUCAGCCGACACAUCGCUCCGUCGUAGUACCCGAAUUAAAUUAGUUAAACAAAAUGAUUCUUCACCCGAAUCAAAUGAUAGUAGUGUGAGUAAUACACAAACAAGAGUUACAAGGAAACGAACAGGUACAAUGGAUAAUACUACUGCAACUGAAAAGCAGAGAGUCUUGCGUUCUAGGAGAAAUUCUGUAUCCUCAGAUGUUAGCGAAACCCCAGAAGUUGAUGCUACUACUACAGCUACACCAACAAAAAGAAAUAGACAUAGCAUUGUUAAUGAUAUGCUUAAUAGGACUGGUAGUCAAAGAAUUAAACGACUUACGAGAGCUGGUUCAGAGUCAAAAUCACCACCACUAAGAGUUACACGUAAUACAAGAGCUACAUCCAUGGAACCUGAAACUAAUGCAGAAAAUAAUCUUAUACAGAGGGACGAACAUGAAUUAACACGUACACCUGUUAGGACAAGAAGACGAACAUCAAUAAUACCUUCAGAAGCAACUGUUCUAGAGGAGAAAGAAGAAACUCUAAAAAUUCUAAUGGUGACAUUAGACCGUACAUUACCUAACGUUAGUGAAACAAAAGAAAAUGAUUCAGAUGAGUCAGUACCAAAUACAGAAAAUACUCCUGACACAAAACAUCAAAAUGUAAAUGAGGAAGAAGAUAAAGAUAAUACUAGUGAACAAUGCAAUAAUCUUGCAGAAAAUCCUCCUCCAAAAUCUGUUGAGAGUGUUGAAAAGGAUAUAUCUACUGAUGAUAAAAAUGUAACACCAGUCAAUGACAAAAAUGUGUUAGAAGAAAGUAAAAACUUAGUUGCAUCUACUGGAACAGAAAUGAAUUCAUCUCAAUCAUCUAUAGAAAAGAUGACAGAUGAUGAUAAAAAUGUGUCAGAAGAAACAUCUACAUUAACAGAUAUGAAUUCAUCUCAAUCAUUUUUACAAAAGAUGACAGAAAAUGAUAAAAGUGUGUCAGAAGAAAGUAAAAACUUACUUACAUCUAGCGUAACAGAAAUUGAUUCAUCUCAAACACUUUCACAAAAAAUUACAGAUGAUGAUAAAGAUGUAUCAGAAGAAACUAACAAUGUACUUACAUCUACUGUAAUAGAAAUUAAUUCAUCUGAAACAUUUUCACAAAAGAUUACAGAUGAUAAAAAUGUGCCAGAAGAAAAUAAAACCGUAUCUACACCGGCAGUAACAGAAAUGGAUUCUUCUAUACAUAAUUCAUCUGAACCAUUUUCACAAAAGGCUGAUCAAAAUACAUCUAAAGAAUUAGGAUUAAAAAUUGAAAAUUUAUUAACCAAUUCAAUAGAAAAACAUGAAGAUUUUAGUAAUAAGGAGAAUCUAGCAGCAAAUAUUAUUAGUGAUGAACCAAAUAUCGAAAAUACAGGUUCUAAUACACCGGUACAAAGCCCAAAACCUUUAUCUGUAAGUAACUCAAACAAGUUAAUAAAAGAAAAAUGUAAAUCUCCUUGCAAUUUAUUACCAAGGAGUCGACAUUCAAAAUCAUCAGAAUCAAUGGAUGAUUCUCCUGUAAAGGAAGUUGAUAACGAUGUAACUAAUAAUUCGGUAGUAGAAAAUUUGACUGCGUCACCAAAUGCAGAAGAUACAGAUAAUUCUGAUAUGCCAAAAUUAGCUAUAGAAUCAGAUUCAUUAAGUGGAACUACACUUAAUACAAGUCCAGAUAGGAAUAUUUCUGUAAAAAUAUGUACGGAUUCAAGUUCCUGUGACAGUAUUGAACUUAUAAGGUGUACAGACGAUGUGAAAUCUCCAGAUAAUAGUGAUAAACUUACAGAAAGUAAUGAAGAAGCUACAGAAAUACAAGACGAAGAAUUGAAUGAAAUCGAAACGGAUGCAACUUCAAGUGUAGAAAAAAUUACGAAUGUAAAUGAAGAUUCUGAAAAAGAUACUAAACAAGAAACAAGCAUCAAUGAUAAGGAUAAUGUAAAAGAGGAAGUUAAACCAGGUACAUCAGACAAUGUACAAGGUAAUGAUGAAGUGAAUUGUAAAAACACUUCAUCUCUUACUUCUCCAGAGAAGACAUUAAUUACGAAUACUGAUUCAGAGAAUAAAGACGCAUCUGAGUUUGAAAGUAUAAAUAAACCAAAUACUACUUCUUCUAAUACAAAUACUGUAUUACAACCUUCAAAUGAUAGUAUCUGUCCAGAAGAUUCUAUAUCUACUAACGCAGAUGAAGAUAGUGUAACUAAUAUGGUUAAAAGUAGUCUAUCUUCUACUGUUGCAGAGACGCCAACCGAAGUUACUGAAGGAAAGCCAGAAAAAGAAGACCUGUCUACGCACGGCUCUUCAAUGUCAAAGGACCAACCUAUAGAGAAAUCAGUUGAACAGAAAUCUGAAUCUAUUCAAGAAACAUGUACUAAGAAUCAAGAAAGUAUGGACGUUGAUGAUAAUGACUCCGAUAAAAAUGCAGCAACUUUAUUUCAAGAUAUCCCAGCCAAUGAAUGGAAGGAGAAGAACGUCGAUAUUGAUAAGAAUUCAAUUCAUUCGGUGUCAACUGAAAGAUUGGAACAUGAAACGGAAGCUGAAUGUGAUCUUGUUUUAGUUGAUAAGGAAGCAUGGUUAGCUGCUGAAAAUAUAAAAGCAGAAAAGGAAGCAGAAGCCUCCGAUUAUGAUUCGGAUGAUACAGUUGUGUUAAAGAUGCAAAGGGAUUCUAGGAAAGGACAAAAGAUUGAACAAAUGGAAAUAGAUACAUCAGCAGACAAUAACAAAAUAAAUAUCAGUAAAGAAGCAUCUACAAAUGAAAGUAAUAUUGAUAAUGAAAAUUUAACGAAAAAUACGAAAGAUUCUGAAAGCGAAACACCAAAUACUGAUUCUGAAGCUGUAAAUCAGAAUAAAUCAAUAACAGAGAAACAGAAUAAACAUUCUACUUCUAAACAUAAUGUUUCGAACCGCAAAUCAACUGAAGGAAAAGACUUAAAUGAAUCACAUAAAACAAUAGAUACAGAAGAGAAUUUGUCAUCGGAUAAAAAUAAUUUGUCCGAGAGUAUUUCGAAAAAACGAAAAUCACUUAACAAGUCUGUUCGAGAAGUAGAUGAAACUGAAUCCACAGAGAAAAAAUCUUUGAAUAAAUCCAAUAAAUCUGAAGAAGAAAAAGAAACAGCAGAUGCUGAACUAGAUAGCGGAAGUGACAUAAUGACAUCAGCUAAAAAGAAUAAAAAGAAGCGAUCCUUAAAUAUUUCAUCGAAGAAGCAAGUGGCUUGUUUAAAGGAAUCUGAUAAUGAUAGUAAAGAAUCUAGUCUUCCUGAAAAACGGAAAAGUAAAAAGAAAAAGUUCGAAAAAAAUCGUUCGCUAACAAGAAACGUUAUAGAUUCUGACAGUGAAAGUAAUUCUGAUGAUUCACAAAAUGAAACAAUAGAGCUUCCUAAAUUUUUGUUAGGUGAAGGAUCUAAUACUGACAGUGAUAAUGAAUCUGAUAAAAGUAUAGACUCAGAUAUUGAAAGAGAAUACAAUCUUGAUGGUAAAGAUACAUGUAAGUUUUCUGAUGAUGAUGUUCCUGGAGAUGAAUGUAGAGCAUCAGAAACAGAAUCAUCAGAUCCAGAUGAUAAUGGAUCAGAUCUUGCAGAUUUUGUAGUUUAUGAUGACGUUGAAGAAGAAGAAGACGAGAGUGAAGAGUCUGGAAACGAGGAAGAAAAUAUCGAGAUAAAUGAAAAAGAAGAUGCAGUCGAGAAAGAAACAAGUGAAAAUGAAAAAGAAAAUUAUGAAGCGGAUGUGUCAGUAGAUACUUCUGUUAAACGUAAAAGUAAAUUAAAAAUGUCUGAUGAUUUGAACACGUCUGACGCCAAAAGCGAUAAUAAGAAGCAAAAGUCCAAAAAGAUAGAUACAUCUCAAAAUGAAAAAGAACACAGUUUGUCUGACGCGUCGCUUUCACAGUCUCUUAAAAUGAAGAAAGCAAAACAAAAGCGGGCUGUAAGUGAAUUUAUAGUUGAAGAUAUAGAACAACCAUUAAAUGACUCUUACUCAACGUUUAAUAAGGGAAGGCAAAAACUUAAUAAAUGCAGUACUCCUAAAAGUCAUUAUUUACCUACGACAGAAGAAGCAGAUGAAAAAACUAAAACUGCAAGUGAUAGUAAAACAGAUACUUCUAUUGAUAAGAGAAAAAUUGAGGAUUCAAAAGCAGAAAGCAGUUUUACAAAACUAAGUAAACAAAAAAGUAAAGAAAAUCUCGUGGAUAAGCACCUUCCAUCCGAACUAGCCGAAUUAGUAGAAAAUGUGAAACUUUCAAAACCACUGCCAUCUAAAGUAGCAGAAUUAAAUAAAACAAUUGCAGUCCUAGAUAGUGAAACACCCACAACAAAAUAUUUGAAAAAAGACAGAUUAAAUGACACUGCGCCAGUAUUGAAAUUGGAUAGUAAGUUGACAAAAAUAAAUGAUGAUGAACAAAAUAAAACGUUAAAUCAGCUCGAAGAAGAAAGUGAAGAUGUUAAUACAGAAGAAAUAAAUACCUCGUUAAAACAGAAGUUGCUUAAAGUAGCUGACAAUAUUUUAGAGGCUGAUCGCCGGAAAAAACAUAAGAAACGGAAGCAAAAAGAAGAAAACAGUAAUCCUGAUAAAUUAAUUGCAGACGAUGAUUUUCAUGAAGAUACAGCUCCACAAGUUUUAAUUGAUAGUGAAAAUAUUGUUUCUGCCACUAAUACCGAUAAAAAUGAAAUAAUUGAAGAAGUAGUUUUGAAUGAAGGAGAGAAGAAAAAGAAGAGGAAGAAGAAGAAGAAGAAACAAAAAUUAACACCUACUGAUAUUACGGAACAAAUAGACGAAAAUAUAGAGCCAGAAAGUACUAAAAAAUUAGUACCUAAGAAGGUAAAAAAGAAACAGGAGAUAAAAUUAGUUGAAAAUGUUUCAGAUACACAAUCGGAAAAUCAAAUAUUAGAAAAGAAAAAGAAAGAAAGUACACCUGUCUGGAAUGAAGAGAUAACUACACAAAUAUCUAAGAAAAAACAAAAAUCAUUGUCAGAAGACAUUACUUUAUCAGGCAAUGAAAGGACGACUGAAAAAUUGCCUAAAAGAAAGAAAAAAUUAUCGGAAGAUGUUGUUUUGGAACAUGAAGUUCCGUCUAGGAAGAGGAAGAAGGAUUGGUCAUCAAAUGAUUUUUCAGAAAGUGACAAUAUUUUAGUCGAAAAAGCAGCAAAGAAGAAGCAUAAAUUAUUAGUAGAAGACGAGAAAAAAAGUAAAGCAAAAUCUGCCAAAGCUACAUUUAAUGAUGCAGGGUCAGAUUCAGAUGAAGGUCCAACAGUAGUUACAUUUGCUGAAGCUCGAGAUGAAGCAUUAAAAAUUAUAAAGCAUACUGCUGAUAGUAUUAAAGCUAACAAAGAAAUGAAAAAGAAAAAACGAAAAGAAAGAAUGGAAGAAAUGGAACGUGACAAAGAACUUAAGAAUGAAAAACAAAAAUUAAGAAAACAAGAAAUAAAAGCUAAAGAAAUAGGUAUGCAGAAGGGUAUUAAACGGCUUCCUGAUGAUCUGCUUGAAAAUCUUUCGGACAUUCCAGUAAAAAGAAUGAAGAAUAUAUCAAAGAGAGAAGGAAAAAUAUUACCAUCUCGUACAAUGUUCAAUUUAGAGGAUAAGACAGAGGAUACGUAUGAAGAUGAUUUCGUGCCAUUAAGUUCCUGUGGAGCUACAACAAAUUUCGCUGUUGCAAAUAUUCAAAAAAUUAAAAAGAAGAAAAAAAUUCCAGGCAUAGGUUCUUUUAAGCAAAAAAUGCUUGCUAGAAAUUCACGACAACCUAUUUCUGCAUAUUUAAUGUGUUUAAAGAAACAAAAAGUAUCAGGUAACGAUAAUUUCUGUAGUAAACCAUAUUAAAAUUUAAUUUAUUUUUAUUGUAACAUAAUCUGCAGGUUUUAAAAAUAUAUAGGUUUAAAAUGUUAUAUAUAAAAAUUAUGUUUGUAUAAUGGAACAAAUAUAAAUGUUCUAAAUGUCCUCCAACCUCCUUAAAUAAAAUCACUCAGUGAUAUUUAUUAUUCUAUUACUUAUAUAUUUACUGUUGUUUUAAAAUUUGAAGGGUAAAUAAUUAAACAUUUAGCAUUUCAAUAUAAUUGUAAUCACUGCGAUAUUAUUAUGUUUUAUGAUGAGAAUAAGUGAGGAUAAUGAUUAUAAAAUAGAAAUUUUAUAAAAUCCUUACUAUAUUUCAGUGAAUUGUUACUACAUUUUCAUUUAAAAACAGAAUACAAACUAUAACACCAUAUGUACAUUUUUAAUCCAUCUGUUUUUUACUUUGUCAUUUAUAGGAUAAGUUUGAUUUAUGCAAAUAAAUGAUGACAAAAGAAACUUAUAAAUAUUCAUUUUUAGAAAUAAAUCCUAAUAUUAUUGUACCUGUAUCAGUAAUGUAUUAUAAUAGAAAUAUGUUAGACGUAUAAAAAUAAUUAAAAAUAAUUUAAAUCAGUCUAAUUGAAUACAAAGUUUCUUUUAAUUUAACUUUCAUCUUAUAGAUUCAUAUGCUCUGAGCAACAGAUAUUUAAAUAUAUUGUAA